CUGGCAGUUGACAGCUGGCACAGCUGCCCAUAAUACAGCAUAAAAUAAAACGCGAUAUGAUAUUGCACAUUUUAACCAGUGACAAAUAUUGAGCUGCUACGUAAUCCACCGCAUCUCAACCACAGCGGCAAUCAUCCCGCCCAACCAAAGGCUUAUACUGCUGCCUGUUUAUCUUUCGCUACUCCACAUUUUCCCCCGGCGAUCGGAGCCGUCUUAGCGCCAAUGACGGCGUCGCCAAGAAAUUUCCCCUCACCGAAACUUUUUUCCAUCUUCACCUCAAUUCCCCCAAGAUCUCGCCAAUUGCAGGGUACAAGCAUCACAUAAUGGCUGCCGAACAACCGCUCUACCUGGGCUUUGAUCUUUCCACUCAGCAGCUCAAAGCCAUUGUCGUCAGCUCCGAUCUCAAGACAGUAGGCGAGGCCAAGGUCGACUUUGAUGGCGACUUUGCCGCUACAUACGGCAUCAAAAAGGGUGUCCAUGUCCGCGAAGAAACUGGCGAGGUGUACGCCCCCGUCGCCCUCUGGAUGGAGGCGCUUGACCUCGUCCUCGACCGUCUGCAAAAGGCCAUGCCCGUGCCCAUGGAUAGAAUCCGCGGCAUCAGCGGUUCCUGCCAGCAACACGGCAGCGUCUUCUGGAACAAGGAUGCCGAGACUCUCCUCGCCUCGCUCAACCCCGACAAGGCCAUUGUCGACCAGCUCAAGCCCGCACUGGCGCAUCCGUGGUCUCCCAACUGGCAGGACCAGAGCACACAAAAGGAAUGCGAUGCUUUUGACGCCAAGCUUGGAGGCAGAGAGAACCUCGCUCAAGCCACUGGUAGCGGUGCUCACCAUCGCUUCACCGGCACACAAAUCAUGCGCCUCCGCCGUGUUCUCCCCGACAUGUACGCCAACACACACCGAAUCGCCCUCGUUUCUUCGUGGCUCGCCUCCGUGCUCCUCGGAUCCAUCGCCCCCAUGGACGUCGGCGACGUCUGCGGCAUGAACCUCUGGGACAUCCCGAACCAGCGCUACAACGACGAGCUCCUUGCCCUUGCCGGCGGCGCAGACGGCGUUGAGGACCUGCGCGCCAAGCUGGGUGCCCCGGCCAUGGACGGUGGCAAGUCCCUCGGCUCCAUUUCCAACUACUUUGUCUCUCGCUACGGCUUCAACAAGGGCUGCCAGAUCAUCCCGUUUACCGGCGACAACCCUGCGACUAUCCUCGCGCUGCCACUGCGCCCUCUUGAUGCCAUUGUGUCGUUAGGCACUUCGACAACCUUCCUCAUGAACACACCUGCCUACAAGCCCGACGGCGCAUACCACUUCUUCAACCACCCCACAACUGCAGGCCACUACAUGUUCAUGCUGUGCUACAAGAACGGUGGCCUCUCGCGAGAAAAGGUCCGCGAUGCGCUACCAAAGCCAGAAAACGGCCCGACUGGCUGGGAGAACUUCAACAAGGCCAUCUUCGACACAAAGCCGCUCGACGUCACCAACGAAGAGACGGACAACGCCAAGAUUGGCCUCUACUUUGACUUGCGCGAAACCGUGCCCAACAUCCGCGCAGGCACAUACCGCUACGAAUGUGCCGCCGACGGCUCUAACCUGCACCCGUCCGAGUCUAAAUGGUCGCCUGCCGUGGACGCCCGCGCCAUUGUCGAGUCCCAGGCCCUGUCUAUGCGACUUCGCUCCCAGGCGCUCGUUCACAAGCCGGACGACUUACUCCCCGCUCAGCCGCGCCGCAUCUACCUUGUUGGUGGAGGUUCGCUGAACCCUGCCAUUGCAUCCGUGAUUGGCUCUGUCCUUGGCGGCGCUGAGGGCGUGUAUAAGUUGGAUGUUGGCGGCAACGCAUGCGCCAUGGGCGGUGCGUACAAGGCUCUCUGGGGACUUGAGCGCAAGGACGGCGAGACCUUUGAUGAUCUUAUCGGCGCUAGAUGGAAGGAGGAGGGAUCCGUGGAAAAGGUAGACAUUGGCUACAGACAAGGCGUAUACGAGCAGUACGGAAGCGUGCUUAGCGCGUUUGAAGAGAUGGAGCAUAGACUGCUUGAGGAGGAAAAGUAGAAGAAAAAGAGUAAAUCGCUUGGUUGGGUGGUAUAUACAUAAUCUAAUACAAAAUUAUCUAACAUAUUUAUUCAUAAAUCUCUUGUGGAAGUCCGAUCGUAGCAUAUCCUAAAAGAGCGUGUUAGUAACCCGAGAAAAGACAUGUGAUGAGAUGUGUAUGGUACUUACGUUGACAAACUCCUUCUUCUUGUUUCGGUCCUCUGUGCCUCUGGCCUGGUUCUUGAACACGACAUCGUCGUCCCAGCGCCUCUUCAUUGUGAAAUCCUGUUUAUUGAGCAACGGGUUACCCAGGGCGAUAUUGCGCGUUCGCGCAUCUUCCUCUUCGGCCGCCCGCUCCGCCUCCUCGCGCUUCUUCUUCUCCUCUCGCUCGCGACGCACACGCUCCAGCUCUCGUUGCAGCUCUGCAUCUUCAUCGUCACUGUCGUCGUCGCUAUCAUCAUCAUCAUCGUCGUUGUCUUCAUCGCUGUCAUCCGCAUCGAUGUCUCUUGUUUCCGCUAAUAUCCGCCGUCUCUUUGCUUCUAAGCUUUCUUCUUCUUCAUUAUCUUGGGGGGGUAGCGCUCGCUUCUCGCCGUGCAGGGAGGCGGCAGUCUCGUCCUCAUCUUCAUCGUCGUCAUCGCCGGGGGCGCUGAUGCCCUUCUUCUUGGAGAAGUGGGCAGACUCAGCAGCGAGAAGCUCGGCAGCAAGGUCGCGCGUGGAACCGUCGUCGUCGGCAUCACCGCCUUGGCCGGAUUGGCGGUAUUUGAGCUGUGUAUGGGCGGGGAGGAGGCGCUGGUGGUAGGCUGGGCCGCGGAGGGCUUCCUUGCCUCGUGCCUAGAGAUUGUUAGCGCGAUGUCAGGCGGG